AUGCAAAACACUCUGGCUGAUAUAGUACCACUUGUACUGUUCCUCUUGUACGUGUUGGUACUUGUAACAGGAAUCCUAUCAGGUAUAACAGAGCUUGUCAAGCAUAGAGCAUCGUUCAACUCGAUCAAACUGUUCUUCUAUGCACUCUACAUCCUCAAUGGACUAUGUCGAGCUUUGAUACUGGCAUGGGGCAUGAGCGAACAGUUGACAGGAGGUGAGUUCUAUGCCAACUUCCCUGCCCUCUUAUAUAUAUCAUAUGCUGGUCUACUGGCAUUACAAAUGUUGGUAUCAUAUACUACUCCUCAGUCACAUCUCGACAACAUAAUACCUAACAAUCAACAUGUUGACAACAACAACAAUAGGAUACAGUUCUCACCUUCAGAAGGCUACACUCUACUUAAUAGACAGAAGCAAAGGAAUUGGUUUAUGGUGAGAUCUGGCACCAAUUUAUUGAUUGGAUGCAACUUGAUCAUGUACUUUACAGCAUUCCUAUUGUUUGGACUGGCAGAGCGAGAGAUUGGUGACUCUACAUCUAUUGGCCACUUUACCUCUAGUGACUCAAUGCCCUAUGCCGAGAGUGUCAUCUACUCUGUGCUCGACUACUUCUUUAUUACAAUCGACCUCAUCCUAUUCCUUUCACACGCUCUUGUCGCCUACAAGACAUUUAGAACAUUCAGAGAAAUCUAUGGUGUACAAAUUAACAUUGCACAUGCAUCACUAAUCCUGUUAAUAUUAUGCAGGGCAAUAAUAUUAUUCCUAAGUCCAAACUCAUCCAACAGCUCGUUGUCAAUAUCAACAGGCACCGAUCAGUUUAUAGUUUAUACGUUGGUGUACUAUAUAAUUGGAGAGAUCAUACCAGCCUUCUUGAUAAUCUAUAUCGAGUUCAUAUUACCAUAUCAUAGUGCAGACAGUUAUAUAGACCUUGGAACAGUCGACGACCAAGAGUUGACGAUACAGUUUGAACAUGGUGAGAUCAUUGGACGAGGUGGAAGUGGAGCACAGAUCAAACGAUGUACGAUGCGAAAUGGAAAGGGUGGCGAUCCAAGGAUAUGUGUCGUCAAGACGAUUGAUGAACACGAGUGCAACAGCAUCGACUAUAUACAUCUACAGGAUGAGAUACGUAUCUAUGAGUAUAUUCAAAAGAAGUCCAAGGGCACUGAGAAUAUACUCAACUACAUAUUGGCGUCCAAGUCCAAGUCUGAGCUGCGACUCUACCUAGAGUACAUGCCACACACACUGGAGAACUAUCUGGUGGCUCGUUCCAACUGUGGCGACAAGCCUAAUCUACAAAAGUACUUCCUCAACAUACACUUCUAUGCAAGCAGCUUCCAGAUGACUCCUCAACAGCCAUACUUCUUUGAGAAGGAUGCUGUGCUCACAUGUCUUUUAUCCAUUGCUCAAGGUCUACAUUUCCUACAUUCAAAUAAUAUCAUUCAUAAUGACCUAAAGCCAAACAAUGUAUUUGUAGUAUUAGAGUAUGACACAGAGAUCAAACAGUGUAAGAUAGGUGACUUUGACAAUAGUAUACUGUUGAGAGGCAAAGGUGACAUUAUCAAUGCCAUUGACAGAGUGGAUGAUUACACUCCUUAUUUCAAACACGAUAUCUUGCAAUUUGGAAUGAUAAUCUACUACCUGUUGACAUUGAACCUAUUGCCAAAGUGCAUGGGCUACCAUUCGUAUCACGCACCAGCCCUACCGAAACUGGACCAUCUGACAGACAUCAAGUGGCUACCUAUUGUGGACCUGUAUCAACGAUGUGUCAAUGUUGAUCGCUCCCAACGACCCAACACCCAAGAGAUACUUAAGUUGUUGGAGUUGGAGAGAGAAUACUCUGAACAUCCCUUCUAA